ACCGAGGUGGAAAAUGACGUCAACCACUUACAAGACAAGUCGAACACAGCAUAAGUAGUAAAGGGAAUUCCGGCUGUUUUCAUUGAGUCGGUUCAUUUGGCUCAGCUCAUCCAUAAGAAUCGGCUCCCAAAUGGCUCAUUGUCAUUAUUUUCCUAAACCGGACAAGGAUUACAAUAGUUUGACAAACAUUUCCGCUAACGUUACCAACACUGGUCCUGGUGUACCCCCUGUUCUGCACAGUUUAGUGUUUUCCCUGCUUACCCGAUUAAAGUAAUUAGCUGAGCUGUUAAGCCCUUCCUGAUUUGAAAGUAGGUGUAUUAGAGCAGGGAAAUAAAAUGUGCAGGACACGGGGUCCUCCAUGAGAAGAGUUAAGAACCUGUGCCCUUACGCUUGGCCACACACAGUACAUGUUCAAAAAGCAGGAGGCAGACACUCUCAGUCAUGCUGCCUCCUACACUCAGCUGAUAGUAAAAUACUCACUAAGCAGGCUAAUGAACAGCUCAUGCGCUGAAAAGAUGUUUACUUUUUGUUUCAAAUUACACUGCUGCAAGAGUAUAAAAAAGACUCAUAGCCUAUAUGGGAGUCGGCUCGUUCGCGAACGACACAUCACUCAUUCCCAGGCGAAAAGAAGCAAUUUUUCUAAUCUAUGUCCAAAACUACGUGCUACCCUUAAGUCCAGCUCGUGGUCGACAUAAAGCCCCUCCUACCUUAAUGAAAACUUUCUAAACAGAUUAUUAACAACUAACAUCAGGUUGUAAAACGGAUGUAGGCAGUAGUCUUUGCGAUACAUCCGAGUGCGCCGGUUAAGGAAGUGAAUCCAAAAGUAAUGCUGGCCUAGCAGCAGUGGUACGUUUAGACCGCGUUUAGGAAUGACAACUGUGUGUUUGAUCGCGGCGCUGACAUUUGCUCUGAAAUCAGAAUAUGUUAUCUCUGAGAAAUGGACUACUGUGGCAGUAAACAGCACACAACUGGAAACUGACCAUCUGAACCUAAGUGCGCUUAAAGCUAUUUCUACACUGAAAAGCAAUGAGGACGAGUGUGACAAGGUGAUGACACUGCCUGCUGCCCAGCGCUGCGAGUUUGUUCUGAACACCACAGACUGCCAUGUCGAGGGUGGCUUCAUUAAUUACCCCUGGAUCACUUUUUGCUUGUUUCCUCCUAAACUCUUGCCCCUUGCUAUUUUUUUCUAUGUUCUGUGGCUGUUGAUUUUGUUCCUGAUUCUUGGACUGAUUGCAUCAGAGUUGUUACAACUUGUAAUUCCCCACUUCCCACCAGUAAAAGCCAAAGAAACACCUCCUCAACUUCCAACCAUCAACUUGGGUUUUUGUCCCAACCUCUCUGCUAUCUCCUUCACUUUGAGGCUGACACAUAAUGUGGCUGGAGUGACAUUUUUAGCCCUUGGUAAUGGGGCUCCAGAUGUAUUCAGUGCUAUGGCUGCUUUCUCACGUCCACAGACAGCUGGUCUGGCCAUUGGAGCUUUGUUUGGGGCAGGCAUAUUUGUGACCACAGUGGUUGCUGGGAGUGUUGCCCUGGUGAAGCCUUUCACUGUGGCCUCUCGCCCUUUCCUGCGUGAUGUCAUCUUCUAUAUGGCUGCUGUCUUCUGGACUUUCAACAUUCUCUAUAAGAGAGAGAUUUUACUGGAAGAAGCCCUAGGAUAUCUGGGACUGUAUGUGCUGUAUGUUAUAACUGUGGUGCUGAGUGCAUAUAUUUAUAACCGCCAGUCACGCUCCCUCCAUGAACCGCUACCGAACUCUACAGAGUUCAGCCAAGAGGAGGAGUAUGAGCCUUUGAUCUCCUUCACUGAGUCAACCAGUAGCAUUUUCCUGAGAGCUAUUAACCCCAUAGAUUCAAGGAACUGGAGGAGGAUACACUGGGGCUGGAAAGUCCUCAAGAUCAUUCAGCUGCCAUUUGAGGUGGUGUUGCUGCUGACAGUUCCAAUUGUGGAUACUGAUAAGAAGGAACGUAAUUGGAAACGCCCUCUUAACUGCCUGCAUCUUAUCACUGGGCCACUGGUGUGUGUGCUUACUUUCAACUCAGGGACAUAUGGUCUGUACUUCAUUGAGGGAGAGUUUCCUGUGUGGAUGCUCACAGCCCUUGCUGGAGCCUUCCUCUCAGGCAUAGUCUACUGUUCUACCACUAAUGAGCAUCGUCCUCUUUACCACUUUCUCUUCGCUUUAAUGGGAUUCAUAGUGAGUGCUUUGUGGAUCAAUACAGUGGCUUCAGAAGUUGUGAGUGUGUUGCACCUGCUUGGCAUCGUCCUUCGUUUGAGUAAUACUGUACUGGGACUCACACUUCUUGCAUGGGGAAACAGCAUCGGAGAUUGCUUUGCUGACAUUACUGUAGCACGGCAAGGCUACCCCCGAAUGGCCAUUUCCGCCUGCUUUGGAGGCAUCAUUUUCAAUAUGCUGUUUGGAGUUGGUCUUGGCUGCCUGUUGCAGAUGUUCAAACUUCAUGAUUUCAUUAUGCUGGAGUCUGAGGGUUUGCUGUGUUGGGUGCUGGCAGGAGCGUUGGGUCUCUCUCUGGUCUUCUCAUUUGUGCUCGUUCCUCUGCAAUGCUUUCACCUGAGCCGAGCCUAUGGCAUCUUCCUCCUGCUCUUCUAUGUCGCCUUUCUCAUCAUAGCACUCCUUACAGAGUUUGGAAAGAUCUACAUGUAAACCUAGCACAUAUACUGACCACAUGUAUGCAGGAAGAUCACUAAACUGUGGACUUUUUCAACAGUGUAGAAGCAGUACAAAAUGUCAAAAUCGCAUGUUCUUUUUAAGCAGUGUGACUGUUGAAUCUGGAUGAUUGAGUUUUAUUUUAAUAAACACAUCCCUUGUGGGGGAGAAAGAAUA